AGUUUCAGUUAUCAGGAAGUGAAGCUCAGACAGUCGUUGUCACUGAGAGGUGAAAUGGAGCAGAAAGCAGUUCAGCUGGACCGAGAAACAAUUUCUUGUCCGAUCUGUUUGGAUCUACUGAAGGAUCCGGUGACUAUUCCCUGUGGACACAGCUACUGCAAGAACUGUAUUAAAGACCACUGGGACACAGAGCAUGAGAAGAGGAUCUACAGCUGCCCUCAGUGCAGGAAGAGCUUCACACCGAGGCCUGAGCUGCUGAAAAACACCAUGUUAGCAGCUUUAGUGGAGCAGCUGAAGAAGACUGGACUCCAAGCUGCUCCUGCUGAUCUCUGCUAUGCUGGACCUGAAGAUGUGGCCUGUGAUUUCUGCACUGGGAGGAAACUGAGAGCAGUUAAGUCCUGUCUGGUCUGUCUGGCCUCUUACUGUGAGAAACACCUCCAGCCUCAUUAUGAAUCACCUACAUUUAAGAAACACAAGCUGGUGGAGCCGUCAGAGAAGCUCCAGGAGAACAUCUGCUCUCGUCACGAUGAGGUGAUGAAGAUGUUCUGCCGUACUGAUCAGCAGUGUAUCUGUUAUCUCUGCUCUGUGGACGAACAUAAAGGCCACGACACAGUGUCAGCUGCAGCAGAGAGGACUGAGAGGCAGAGAGAGCUGGAGGGGAGUCGACACAACAUCCAGCAGAGAAUCCAGGACAGAGAGGAAGAUGUGAAGCUGCUUCAACAGGAGGUGGAGGCCAUCAAUGGCUCUGCUGAUAAAGCAGUGGAGCACAGUGAGAAGAUCUUCACCCAGCUGAUCCGUCUCAUGGAGGAAAGACGCUCUGAUGUGAAGCAGCAGGUCAGAUCCCAGCAGGAAACUGAAGUGAGUCGAGUCAAAGAGCUUCAGGAGAAGCUGGAGCAGGAGAUCACUGAGCUGAAGAGGAAAGACGCUGAGCUGAAGAAGCUCUCACACACAGAGGAUCACAACCAGUUUCUACACAACUACCCCUCACUGUCAGCACUCAGUGAGUCUACACACUCAUCCAGCAUCAACAUCCGUCCUCUCAAGUACUUUGAGGAUGUGACAGCAGCUGUGUCAGAGCUCAGAGACAAACUACAGGACGUCCUGAGAGACACAUGGACCAACAUCUCACUGACAGUGACUCAAGUGGAUGUUUUACUGUCACUACCAGAGCCCAAGAGCAGAGCUGGAUUCUUAAGAUAUUCAUGUGAAAUCACACUGGAUCCAAACACAGCAUACACACUUCUGUUAUUAUCAGAGGGGAACAGAAAAGUAACAUACAAGAGUCAACAACAGUCUUAUUCUGAUCAUCCAGACAGAUUCACUCGGUGGGAGCAGGUCCUGAGUAGAGAGAGUCUGACUGGACGUUGUUACUGGGAGGUGGAGAAGAGAGGAGACGGAGUUGGUGUAGCAGUCACAUACAAGAAUAUCAGCAGAGCAGGGAGGUCACAUGAAUGUAGAUUUGGAUACAAUGACAAAUCUUGGCUGUUAACUUGUUCCACAAACAGUUUUAACUUUUAUCACAACAAAGUCCAAACUCCCGUCUCAGGUCCUCGGUCCUCCAGAGUUGGAGUGUACCUGGAUCACAGUGCAGGUAUUCUGUCCUUCUACAGCGUCUCUGACACCAUGACUCUCCUCCACAGAGUCCAGACCACAUUCACUCAGCCGCUCUGUGCUGGAGUUCAGUUUGGCAGUUUGUUUUUUUCCUCUGGAGACUCUGCUGAGUUUUGUAAACUCAAAUAGUCUGAAGUCAUUUCAGGGUCAGUGGGUUAAAUUGUGUGUUUCAGUUCUUCAGACUUGUUGUGUUUCCAUCAUUGUUGCUGAGAGCUGAUUGUUGUGGCAUUUCUUCACUGCACACAGAUCACCUGUCAAUCAAACACUGUGGGCGGUACUUUGACGCCUUCUUGUUGUUCUGUAAAUGUUGGACUUUCUUCAGGCGGCGCUCCUUCCUGUGUCUGUUCAGCCACGGAGGCUCUCGCUGCUCAUGAUGACUUCACUUCACAUGAUCAUAAUCAAUAAGGAGAUGCUUCAUUAUUUGCUUGUACAUAGCUGAGAUUCUGCUCCAACACACUGACUGUGUGGAUGAAGUGAAUCUGUUCAUGAAAUCAUUGAACAAGAGUCAUUCAACAGACUUUACUGAUGUAAAAAAGUAAAAAAUCAUUAAUUUCUUGAGAUUUUGUUUGAAAUGUUUAUUUUAUUUCAUUUUCUCAGUCAGUAAUUUUGAUAUCAAUUAUUUGUAAUAUUUAUUAUUUUUCUUAUUUGUACCAGAUCCACAACCUGCUUUUACUAUUACACCUUAAUCAAAGAUGUGUAGAACAAAAAGGCUCAGAAAGAUUUAAGAUGUGUUUAAAUUAGUUAAAUUUGCAUCAAACUUUUUAAGCAAUUCUAAUUAAUGGAAAGUUAAAGUUCAUGUUUACGUUUUUAUACCUCUUGUAAAAAGUUGACAGCAAAUAUAAUCGUAAUGUUUAAUUCAGAGUUUGUUUGUUUUUAAAUCAUUUAAACAUGAAGGAUGAAAAUAAACAAUUCAGAAAUGUCAGAUGUUGAUAAAGUUUAUUUGAUUUGAUGAAAUAAAACUUGUGUAUAAAACACUGUGUGCAGUUUCUUAAUUAUGACACCAGAGGGCAACAUAAUCAUUUAAAUGUCUAUUUACUGGAGCUGUGGAGUCGCUUGACUACAACUACUCACUGCAUCAUUAAACAAACUAGGAUUUUUGAGCAGUUAAAGUCUGUAAUUGUCUUGUUAAUCAGUUUGAUGCCCACAUUUUGAUGUGAGAAGUUCCAAAAUGAAAAUAUGUUUUCUCCUCAUCAGGAGCUUUUACACACUUUCAACAUCUUUUUAAAUUAGUUUGAGCGCUCAGGGCCUCUGAAGGACAAGAAGGACUACCACUCUGUAGUUUUAUACAAGAAAUCCAAACUCAGAAUCCUGAUAUUUACAAUAUUAAUGAGGUAAUAAUACAAACUGCCUCCAUACGUGAAUAAACAAGCUGUUCUCAGAGGAAAACAAGGUCCCAGAACACUGUUUGAA